AUGGUCUCGUACGACGUUGACGGCGACGGGCUCGAGGAGGUGAUUGUGGGCACAACGGAGGGCCUGUUGUGCGUCGUAAAGCCAGACCACCGCGAACCGCUCUUCCUGCGCGUGCUCGCGGCGACCAUCUCCGUGGUGCUGUACACACCCAUUCAGAGCCGCCUCGUCCUCGUCACCCUUGAAGGGCAGUGCGAGGUGAUUGACCACUUCCUGAAGCCAACCCAGCAACAGCAAGCAGGCAGUGAGCCCGCCAACAUGAACGCGACCUUGUCCAUGGAGGGUGGCGAUGGUGGCGCUGCAUGUGUGGGGGGGCCGCUGUAUCAGCGAACCGACGGCACCAGCUCACUGCCGCACACUUCACCACCUCUUAACGGCGGUGGUCGAGCAGCUGGAGGUGCUCGCGCCAGCGGCAGGGGCACCGCCACCUCUCCACACUCCGCAGGUAGGCCCUGGGGUGCUGAAGGUGCCAUGCCCACCCGCGUCUUUCACGUGCCGUCCAACUGCCUCUGCGCAGACCUCUCACCAGACAGAGACGACGACCUUGUCUUCCUCGGCUCUUACGAUCGACACUUCUACGUGUACUCCAUCAUCAAUGGCUCGUGUCUGCUCUCCCUGUUCGUGCACGACCCCAUUACCUCACUGAAGGCGUUCGCUAUUCCGACGUGCGCUGCGGACGCGCACCCGGCCACCACCUUGUCGCCCAUCUCCGUCUGCGACAAGCGAGUCUCUCAUCGGGGAAGCAGAUGCGGGAGCACUACGGGGUCGCAGAGAACAUGCACUAGCAGCAGCACCUGCACCGGUGCCUCGAUACUGGUCGACUCCUUGCGCGAAAUGGAAACGACGCCGGACAGGCUGGCAAAGGCCUCCGCGUUAUCCUGUAUUCCGCUUGUGUUUAUUUCUACCCCGACGCAUCUCAUCCUCCUUCCUGCUGGGCUGGGCGAUAUUCAGCGAUGGCGCAAGCUGCAGCCCAAGUCAGCGCACCUGCCCUUGACUGUGCAGCUCCAUAGCGACGAUCCACCACUAACGCCGCAUCAGCCACAGCAUUCGAAGCUGCAGCAAGCGCAACAGAAAUGCACUCGUCGGCGUUCCUCGUUGAACACUGACAGCGGAACAGCAAGCAUGGGCGCAGCUUUAGCGACGUCGGCAACUGGGCGUCUUCGCAGUGGCGACAACCACCCACUUGAGGGCGAGAGUGCCGUCCCGCCCCACAUGACGCGCGUGCCACCGGCUAGCUCGCCCGGUCUACGCCAGCCUGUGUCAAUGUCUGCGGACGCCGGUUUUCGAGGCGUUCUGGCGGGUAAGGCCCCGGGAGGGAGGGCUUCCAGUCGCCCACGGCGACUUGGCGGCGCCGCAGCAGAGCGCCGGUGCGACAGCGCUGCUGUGCUGACGGGAGGAGCGCAUCGCACGUCAGCUGUUUCGGUGCCAGCCGCGAUGACAGCAGCAGCCGUAGGAGCGGGUGUGGCCGCCGGUUUGCCGCUGAGCAGCAGUCAGCUGCGCCGCGAAGCUCGCAGGCAUGCCAUCCAAGCAGCGGAGAUGGGUCGGCCAGUUCUCGUAAAGCCUCUGUGGGCACUGCACAUUGGACGUCAUGCACUUGACGUGUCCCUGCUUCAGCCAAUGGUGAGCCCCGACGGACAUGUGGGCAGACGCUUUGUAUCCGCCGCAGCCGCCGCAGGGUCACCGCAGCCGUCGCCGGUGCCCGGCGCCAUCGCGCAGGAGGCCGUUCCAGGUACGGCUGCCGGCAACCCAUCCGCGCGUCAGCCUUACAGAGGUGGACGAUCCUCCAUCAUUCCCAUACAAGACUCUGUGGGUGGUACGACAACGAUCCAGCGUGCCGCAAACUCAUCGGUUUUCUACGUCAGCCUGCCGUCGUCCACGUCAGCACUACAAGGGAGCGCCGUUGCCGGCAACAACACCUGCAACAGCGUUGUCCGGCGAAGAGGCACGGUGGCCGGGUCGGCUGACCUUUGGCAUCGCCGCGUCCAUGGCCACAGCUGUGACGGUGGUGAAGACACAGAAGCCUCCAACGCCACCCCAACGCUGUCUUUGAUGAGUGUGGCGGCUGCACAGAGCACUCGGCGAUCGAGUUUGCGCACCCUAACAGAUUCCCUUCCCCGACGACUGCGGCAGUGUAGCACAAACGACAGCAGUGAUGACGACGGGUCGGCAGUGGGUGGCCGGCGCUGCAGCAGCGGCGACGAUGACGAAGACGCAGGGCGGCUGAGCGACGACGGAACUCUCAGCUAUGUAGGAGGCUCCGCCCCGGCGAUGAGAGCGGGCGACAUGGCGGACAGGGCACCUAAAGAGGCUGACAACGGCGACGGUUACUACGGAACGGCGACCGAUGAAGACUUCGGGCUCGACAGGUCAGGCGCUAGUAUCACAAGAAGCUACAGCAGCGGCAGUGAUGCUAGUGACCGCAGCUCCAGCAUCGAAGUCGAUGAGGGCAUCGCGAAUGGUGGGCGUCGCGCGCUGACUAGCAGCUCGAUGCGUCGCUCGCGACACCAUCACCACCACGGCACAGACACUGCCGAGCCGGCGUUGUUGGCGCGCAGUCUGUCCCACAGGCGAGCGGAGAGCGCGCCAACGAUACUGCUGCGCCGCACUAGGAUCGCGGACGGUGCCGACAGCGGAAGCGGCAACGCCGGCGGAGUGGGGCUGCGGGAAACCCCUACCCCGAGGAAGGCAGCCGCGCAUGUGUCUCUGGUGGACCUCGCAGAGCAGAAAAGCGAGCGUCGCGCGCGUCAGUGCCACCGAUGGGCGUCCUCGAGAAGACAAGGCGAGAGGGAAGGUCGUGGGCUAUUGCGUGAGGGUCACACACAGGUGUCCGUUUCUCGGCAGCAGUACGCACAACCGCACCUGUCAGCGCACAGCACGUCUCCUCCUCUAGCCACUGUCGCAUCAGCCCCAGUCGGCGCGGAGGUGCGAUUGCCCACCUCCGUUGAUGUGUCAGUGGGGGCGUCGCAGGUCGCGGUGGCUCUCAGCUGCGAGGACGGCCUCGCGGUGGAGCUGCGCUUUGCGAUUGUGCGUCUCUCCUCUCUCUCAAGGUGCGAGCGGCGGCUGCCACGCGGGACAGUUCGGCUUUACGACGUGCAAAAUCCGUGGGGCCUGCACGCCGAGGCGGGCGCGGCCCGCCGAAAGGGCGGUGGUGUCACCAAAGGUUCGAGGCCGAGGGGUGAAGUCCACGGCCGCGACGGUGGCGACGGCUCCAACAUGCGGCCCGCCUCAUCUUCGACAUCGCCGGAGGAUGCACGCUUGUUUCAGCCGCACCGCAGCGACGGCUCACAGCGGCGGCAGCCGCAACGAAAGGGUGCAUCGCUGGUGACGUACAACAUCUACUUGCCAACACCAGCCGCGGGGCAGGCGAGGACAACAGCGGCGCUGUCAUCACUGUCUCACAUUUCCGGCUCAUCUUUCAUAUCUUCGCAUCAACGGCAGUGCAGUCGGAGCGGCCGCCGCGGAUGCGGCGACGCAGGCGGUGCUCUGGGAACGACUACAGUAAUAAGCACCCCUGCGGUCACCAAUGUCGCCGGUGCUACAGGAGCGUCGUUGGCGCAAGACGACACAGCGUGCCCUGCAUCAGCCGCAGCGAGCCAUCCUCUAGGGGUGUCGGCUGGCGAUGCACCCAUACUUGACGCAGACAGCGGACUCGGCAGAAACAGCCGUGGCGCGUAUGUCCAGCACUACGGGGAGGAUGCCCUUGUGCUGCGCGCUCAGUGUCUCUGGGCGGCGCGCCUCAGCGAUAGCCCUCUCGUGCAACGUUCUCGCGUGUUCAGCGUUCGUGAUCACCACCUCGACAACGCGUUUUGCACGGUGUUCGUCGCCGCCAACGGCACAUGUUUUGUCAUUGACGGCGACACCUUGUCCGUCGUGGAGUGCUGCAUCAAGGAGGACUGCAGUUCUUUUACGCUGAUGGUUGGGCCGCUAUCCACGACGCCAAUGCUGCCGACGAGGGCGAGCGCGACGACGCUGCAGGAGGCACCCGCGGCCACGAUGAGCUUCAAUGUUCUCCGCGGAGCAGUGGGGCGAAGGAUAUCCUGUGUUUGCGUGGGCCUUGAUGAGCUGUGCGUGUACUCGGUCGGGGAGAUGAAUCAGCUGUGGGGACACCGUGACUGCCCCACCGGUGCACUUGCCACCUCUGGCGCCAACGAGCCGAUCUCGCUUCUCUCACGGUGCUUGCCGGACAAGAGCUGCGCGUGUGUGGCGGACGCGGCCGAUGCGCCUCCUUGUGAAGCGGGCCAGGGAACGGAUGCCCAUGCGGGAUGCUCUCUAGCUUCCAUGGACUCGGAAGAGCAAGCGUUGCUGCGUCAACUCGCCGUGCGACUCCGUCAGCAUGAGCAGUACGCGAGCCCCCCCUCCCACCAUGACAGGGGUACGGGUGCUGGUGCUGCCUCUGGAGGCGAGCAUGUGAUCGAGACCGAUGAAGAGGCGCUCAUGCGCGUGAAGAAACUGCUACUCUACGACUACUCGGAGCAAGAGUGGGAGAGACUGCAGUGGCUUGAGCAUGCCCUGGCGUGA